GCACAUGGAAAGGUUCUUUGUUUCCUCUGGGGCUGCGAAAGGAAGGCUACAAGCCAGAGUCUGCGAGGAAUCUCUUCUGUGCGUCGAGUCUGCGGUGCAAGGCCGCCUUUUGCCGAGAGGAAGAGAGCAGAGGCGCAGUCUCCGUCUUGCUUGUGGAAGCGGCAGGAGCAUAAAUUGAAGAAGCAUAAACUGAAAAGGAGACAGAAGGAAGGAAGCAGCAGAAGAGAUGGGAGUAGAUGCGGAAGAAGGAGUCUCCUGGGCGCAGAGGACCGUCGAGUCCGACAAGACACUCAGAGACACAGCUGUCUCCAUUUCUUCGGGAGCAAAGAGUGACCAGAUAACAUUCCUUCUCCACUUUCCUCUCUUUAUCCUCGUUCCCCGCGCUCGCUCAAGUCUCCACCUUCGCGGCCUCUCCCGGCUCGUCGGCUCCGGUGCGUAUGUACACUGCCAGAGGGCGAGGGAGGGUGGAAGGAGAGAAAAAAGACGCACCGGAGAAGAAGGACAAGUAGAAGAACAGGGAGGACAGACGAGAGACAGAGACCAACUCUGAGAAUCAGAAUCUCUCGGCGAAGAGGAAGAAAAAAGAGACAGGAGAUGGUUCCUCACGACAGAGAGGGACGUCAGGCACUUGUGCUGAGAAGAGAACGAACGCAUGAACUUUUACUUCCUAUAUACCCCUCGCUCACCUCACGAAGAAAUGUCUUGAACGCCUCUUUCUCUCCUCGUCGUUUUCUUCUCUUUCGACUCUUCGGAUGUCUCACGAGCUUCGGAAAAGCUCUGGACUUCUCGGAGCGAAGAUGCCGCCCUCCUCUUUCCUGCUUUUUCCGCUUUUCUGCUGUCUUCUCUCCUCCUUCGGGGCAACUGCAGCAGUCUCUUCUCCCUCUUGCUGUUCUGGGGCGUCUCUCUUUCCCCACUCGAGAAUUGGCAGGGGAUUCGUCUUUUCCGUUCUUUCUCCGUGUCUCAAUCAAAAGUCUGCCUGUCAACCUGAAACGUAAACGCCCGUUGCUUCUCUCCAGCUUCGUUCCUUCCUUCCUCGUUGCCUCGCUGCUCUCUGCUGCUUCUCGCGACUCGAACUCCUCCAGAGGGAUGCGUUCCGAGGAUGAAGACUCGAAAGGUCUUGUACGUUGUUGCCCUGCUCCGCCGCGUCUCGACAAGCGCGACAGCGCGACCUGCUCACUCCUCUUCUUGCACCUUACCCACGACGCGGCUGCCUCUCAGAAAGUCCUCCUUUUCUUUCUUCUUCUCCUUUUUCUCCCUUUUCGUUUGCUUCUGCCUCGGCCUCCGCUGGAGUCCCGACAGCGUACGCUGCCUGUGUGCAGAGGCAGGCAUCCCUGGGCUGCACAACUGGCUGCGGCAAGCGUUUCCGUCUGCUGUCAGCCAGGUGAAUAAGAAGAGAGACGUUCUUCUUGCCGACCAUUUGCUCUUCGACUUGAAUCAAUUGCUCCACCAGGCAGCGCUUCUGCCGGCGCGGGGGUCGUCUCCCAGAGCGUCGCUAGCGUCCAAGAGAACUUUUCUCUCUCCGGAAGUCCGCGGAGAACAUGGAGCUUCUGGAGCGCGCGAGAGUGGAAAGCAGUCGCAGGAAGUUGCGUUCGGCGAGGAGGCAGACGCCGUUCUAAGGCGUCUCGUGUCGCUGAUUUCUGCGACGCUUCGAACCAUCCAUCCCAGAAAGUCCGUCGUCUUCGCUCUGGACGGCGUCCCCCCUCUCGCUAAGCUCCUGACGACCGCCAAGCGCCGACGAAAGCGCGACGACGAAGAGGAAGCAGCAGACCGGCCAUCAGAGAGUGAGGAGGCGGAAGGCGAAAAGGGGAAGCAGGCGGACCGUGGUCGAGACGCAGGCGUCCUGGGGGAGGGAAGAAGGCGUGGAGAGGCCAACGAGAGGCGCUCAGGCUGCGACAGCAACUGCAGCAAUCGACAGGGAGGAGACGCGAAAGGAAUGAACGACGAUGGUGGAAGAGAGAUGGAAACCGCAGGUGCCGACGCAGGCGGAGACACUGUCCGAAAAAACGAACACAAAGAGGCGAACACGGACGCAGACGAAGGAGGCAAACGAGAAGGAGGAAGGGAGGAGGAACCAGAAGACGAAGAAGGAGAAGAGGAGAGACCGCGGUCUCCAUUUAUUGUUCAAGGUGAAGGAGCAACACUGGAAGGUCUCCGACUACCAGACAAGCCGAAAAAAGAACGGUACAGGAUACCUUCUUUUCUUCUCACGCCUGGUACGGCGUUCAUGCAGCGCGUGGAGGAGACUUGCCGGCGAUUCGCCUGGCAACGACUUGCGUCUCGUCGCUUCCGAAACCUCAGAUUCUUUGUUUCUGGAUCUUCCUCGUUCGGCGAAGGCGAACUGAAGCUCAUCGACUGGCUUCUCGCAGCCCAGAAAGGCGUUCGAGCGCCAGUUGGCUCUCCUUCUCUCUCCUCAUCUUCUGCCUCCCCUACUUCUUCCCCCAUUUCCUGCACUUCUUCUACUUCGUCUACUUCUUCUUCCGCGUCAGCGUCAUGCCGAGCCAGCAUCGCGCGAUGCCCCACAGGCGCACAACUGCGGCUCGGUGAUGGCGGAGAGAACAGCGAGGAGGCGCGACGCGAGCAGGACAGAGAAGAAGACGAAAGCAUUGUGAUUGUGGGGGCAGAUGCAGACCUCGUUGUUCAAGCUCUCGCUUUUCCGGGCGUUCCCAAGCUCUUCGUGUACAAUCCGCAGAGGCGAAUCUCGGAUGAGAAAAACACGCGAACACUCUAUUCGCUCCGCGACCUCCUCGCGGCCGUCGACCGCCAGUUCCCUGGCCGCUCGCACUUGGUCCGGAACGACCUCGCGUUGCUGUGCGUUCUCAAUGGAAACGAUUACUUGCCGAAGGCCGGCGGCUUCGCCUUCCCUCGCUUCUUUGAAGCGUACUCCGCCGUGCGACGCCGGCCGGAGUUUGCCGACGCGUCUUUGGUGGACGCUGCGAGUCGUUCCUUCAACAUUUCCUUUUUCCUCGCUUUUCUCGAGGAACUGGAUAAGCUGUCGAGUCUCCGACUGAUCGCUCUGCAGCAGCUGCAACUACAUGCGCUUGCGAGCUCGACAAACGCACCGGUGAAGCUCUCGGCCCUCGCUCUUUUGAAUCAGAUGAUUGCGCAGAAUCCAUUUCUUCCUUUGCCUGUGCACUCGCCGUCUUCCCGGCCGCGUCAAAAGGAGGGAAGCCGCGCUUCAGCAACGCACCCUUCUGAAGGGGAAGCGGAUCCGAGUUGCGGCAUACGAUGGGAGAUCCGAGGCGACGGCUUGAACCCAAUCCAAUUCACGGCGCGUCUGCAGGUUCACCGCGACGUUCUUGAAUCUCUUUCUUCUUCGUUCGCCUCCCUCGCUGCUCCGCGUUCUUCCUGUCCUGCGCCCUCGUGUGAAGCGCCUCACGCCUCCCUGCCUUCGCGCAAAGACGCCGGAGCCGCCGCCGGCCUGGCGCCUCCAGAGCGCCGCGCUGCGACUCGUCAGGGACAAGACGCAGGCGCAGACGAAUCGCGCGAAGACGAGCGAGAGGCCGCAGACGCGAGGGAACGGGAGGACGCGAGACGAACGGUGCAGAAGACGACUGGCGGCGCAGCUCGGCCGGCAACUGGUGUCGGCGGCAGCGGCCGCUGGGUCGCCGUCAAAGAGGAUCAGGAGAAAGACAGAGCACGAAGGGAAGAAGGGAGCAGAGAAGGCCGCGAAGAAGACGUCUGGGUGACGUUCGUCGGUCGAGCGAGCGACAAGCAAGGCGCGAAGCAGGAGGCGGCUUACCGUUUUCUUCUCUCGCAUUUUCCCGGUCUGGACUGCGUUGUGCCUGAGUCUGUGGUGGAGAGAGAAGACCAGUCGAGUGCGGCGGGCGAGGAAGACGAAGACGAAGAAGAUGAAGAAAUCGCAAACCAGUUGAAGUCGGCGCUCCUUCCGGAGUUUCACACCUCUGUGCCUGCCCUGCUUCAGGCUGCAUGCACGCUUCAAGCGACGACCCCGGCAAACACUUUGAACAAUCUUUGUUUGAGGGUCUUCAAGUCUCCGCCGUCGUUCGUCUCCUUCACGAAACGCGAACUCGAAGAAUUUCUGUCGUCGGCUGCCUCUCAGAGCCUGUCGCGUCCAGAGCGCCCUUCUCCCGUCUCGCCCGUUGCACUGCGAGACUUUCUCCUCCAACAAUCUCUCCUUCCAGGACGUUCAGAGGAAACGAGAAGUCGUUCUCCGUCUUCAUCUGUUUUUCAUUCUUCCCAAUCGCCUUCUGCUUCUCCUUCUUCUGCUUCUCCUUCUUCUGCGUUUCCUUCUUCUCCGCCUUCUCCUGCGCUUUCUUUACGCGCCCUCGAGAAAGGCAGGGAGGCCGUUUCAGCGUCACCUGAGGAGGCUGAGUUGUCUCCAAGUGGAGACGCAGACGAACGUCGAGCUGAGUUGUGCGUCGUCGCCGUGGAUGGCCUGCCGCUUUUUGCCGCCUGGCACCCAGACGCCGCAAAUGUGCAGGGGAACAAACCUGCGAACGCGACGUCGAAGAAACAGCAAAGACACAGUCUCUCCAUGCAGGCGCUUCAGCUCCUCACUCCGCCGCUCUUCCACUUGCUCUCGCUCGCAGGCUGGUCGCCUGCGGGGACGCAGAGACCUGUGUGCAGCAGGGCAGAAGAAGCGACGGCGGCGAGUCCGGCGGCCACCGACGGAGGGAUGUCAGCAAGCGAGGAGGGCAGAGAAGGAAGGAGAGGAAGCGACGGGUCGAGCGACGCAGAGAAGAAGCGGAGCAGAGACGACGAGGGAGAGGAGGCGCUCACGGCCGCCCAGAGAGCGACGAAGCCUGAGGCGGGAAGCGGCCGUUCCGGAUCUGCCGAUGCCUUUCCUGAGACCACAGAGACCGUCUGCGACGCGUUCGUCGGACGCCCAGAGAGACUACUAGCGGAAGGAGGAACACACCGGCGGGAGGUAGCUGGUGACGAGACGCAGAGGCGACCGGAGACAGGGAGCGACGAGGAGACGCGGAGACGAGACGGCGACCUGGAGACAGAGCUUGGAUCGCACGAAGGAGGGCGUGACGGCGAAGGAGCAUUCGCAGAACGAGGCGGAGGAACAAGAAGAGGCGACAGAGAGGAAGCUGGAGACGGAGAGGAAGAAGAGACAGAGCGCUCCUCGAAGCAGACACUCGAGCAAAUCGACGCGCUUCUCGCUGAGCACGUGGAAAACGAAACGCCGAAGGUCGACGCAUAUCUCCGAGGUUUGCUGUGGAAUCUGCAAAUGUACGCCGAGGGCCAGUGCCCGAAUCCCCGCUGGUUCUACUCGUUUGAAAAGGCGCCUUCGCUCUACGCUCUUCGCGCCCACUUGCUCUCACGCCUGGCGCCUUCGCCGUCGCUCCCGCCCAGCGGCGACCUUUCUGUGGAGUCCAACGAAGCCUCUGUCCAUCGCCGACCGAGCUCCCGAGGCGAAAACAGGCCAACUGCCUGCCAAGGCGCACUGAAGGAAGCAGACGAUGGCGUACGGACCGCGGCGGAGAGUCUUCUUGUCGCGCCCAGUCCUCCUCGUCCGGACGCGACCUUCCCGACGAGUCCGCCGGUGUACGCAGCGGCGGUGCUGCCUCCGAGCGCCCUGAGGAAGCUGCGAAAAUCGCUCUCCGGGGCAACGGCGGCCGACGCGACGUUGGCGGCCGCGGAGGACACAGACGCGUCGCAACACGAGGGACAGUCUCUGCGUUCCGAUCUGGCACCGGGCGACGAUGGACUUGUCUCCUCCGGUUUAGGUUUCGCUUUUGGCAAACUCGUCUGCCGAGCUCAUGACCUUCUCCGGUGUGUGGUGGAGAGCGAAGGAGACAUUUCUCUCGAGGCGGCGAAGGCGACGGAAAGAGAAGGCGGAAACCACGGCCGGCUUGUGGAGAACGCGCAAGGAGAAAAGAGGCGAAGACAGGAAAGAGACGCACACGGUGACAGCGGAGAGGGUGAAGCGAUGCCGAACACCGCGGGUUCGGAGAGACUGAAGGGAAUCGCCCGACACGGAACUACUGGGACACCGAGGCAGGACAGAGAUGAUGGCAAAGAAGACGAAAAAGAAGAUGAAGCGACGCGACUUCAAGAAACGACAACGUCUGCGAGUGACGGGGUCCAGUUUGACGAACAAGACGACUUCGUUGACGGAUUUGAUGACAUUCGCUUUCACCCUCGCCAUGUUUUAGCGGCGACUGUUCACCUCGAGUCUCUGCUGCAGCAGCGACAGGCGAGCAGCGGACGACCUCGUGGAGGAAUGGCAGGAACUCCCCUCUGUGAAGCGACGAUGCGCAAAUCCAGCAGGUUCGGUAACAGGGGAGCAGACGAAAAGGGAGAAAACAGCGGAGAAGACGCCAGCGACGGAGACGACGACGGAGAGAAGGAAACGAAGGUGGAGAGUGUCGAUGGAGAGGGAAGCCUGGGAGAGAUGGACAUGCAGAGUGCAGGAGUCACACGAGGAAGCCGAAGAAGGGGGGAAACGGACUGCAAAGGCGGAGAGCUGAAAGGAAGGCUCGACGACAGCGAAGAGAGAACAAAGAACCGCCUUCCUGUUUCAAACGCAGAAGAGCUUCUUAAGGAGACAACGAGCACAUGGUCUCUUCUUUGUCGCAGCCGUUGUGACGACAUGUCUGGGGGGGACGUGUGUGGUAGCUCUCCUGAGAGACGAAGAUCGAAUUCUGUUUCCAUGACAAAGAAUCCUCGGACAUGUUCAGGUGCGUCCUCCUCUGCGUCUUCUUCGUCCUUGAUGUUCCCAGAUGUUUCUCCUCCACGACCUGUUCGGUCUUCUCCUUCCUCUUCUUCUUCUCGUUCGACUUCAGACUCGUGUGUGGGGUGUGUGUCUCCGUCGGCACCUGCUGCGUCUUCCUUGGCGAAUUCUGGAGGCGGGCCGAUGUUUUUGGAGGAGUCUCUUCCGAUGUUCUCCGAUCCGCAAAGACGCGAAGUGGAGUGCUGGGUGAAGCCUUCUUCUUCUUCGCUCCCCUGGUUCCCCAACGCUUCUGAGAAGGUCGACAGCGCCGUGGAGACACCGGUCUCUGCUGUCUCUUCCUCAGUUUUGGAGCCGAAACGUGGAUCGCCACCAGCGGCUGUCUCAGCUUCCCGCGUCUCUCCGAACUGGCGUGCGAGACGUCGAAGUUCUGCGGCCUUUUUUUCCUCAAGGUCGCCUGCGUCUUCCUCGGUCUCGCCCUUCGUGUCUUUUUUCUCUUCCAGUCUUUCCCCGCGUUUUGCGGUUCCUGCCUGUCCUCUGUCAAAUGCGGCGACGUCGCUGUUCGCUGUAUGUGAGAUUUCCAAGCAGCCUCACGACGAACGGCGCUUCCCAGACGCUUCUUCGCUGUUGAGUCUCUUCGCCUUCUCCUCGGCUCCUCUCACGCCCCCGUCCACCUUCCCGGAGCUCCCGUGUCUCGCCUCGGCUUGCGUCUGUCGCCGGCCUGCCCAGACGCGUUCUUGGUCGCAGCAUUCGUCUGUCGACUUCCUCUCGUCUCGCUCGUCUCGUUCGUCUCGUUCGUCUCGCCCGAGAGGGUGCGACGCAGAUUAUUCUUCUCUCUCGCUGACUCGUCGUCGACCUUGUUCAUUUUCUGCAGAAGGCACUGAGCCUGGAGCAGAGGGAAAAGAUCCUUUCAACUUUGUGCACCUCUUCAGACAAAGGUCACCGCACGAAGCGGAGAAUCGUCGCUGCAUUCCACCUUCAGGUUCCGCGAUUUUCCACGUUUCUUCGUCGGCUCACAGGGAGACUGUCGCACUUCGUCUCGGAUGUCGAAGCCCCUCGAAGGUUCCCUGCUAUUCUCCUGCUCUGCAUGCAAACUCUCCCUCCCUGCGCUUCUCCGUCCUUCCUCCAGGACUGUUCACAUCGCCGCCUUCCCGGUCCUCAUUUUUUUCGACGUCCUCUGUGUCUCCUUCUCUCCGACGCUCGGCAUGCCCCUCCACCUCGGUGUCGACGGUCCUGUCUUGUCCAAAGUUGAGGAGUGCUACGGCAUGAAGAGCGAUGUCUUGCUUUUUUCUGCGGGUGGCAGUGGAGAGACGUUCACGGCUUUUCCGAGUCUGUCGUCCAUCCACUUCUUGGUGGAAGCGACAGGGUCUCGAGGAAGAACGAGACGAGGGUGCUUCUUGUGAACCUCGCUUCCCUCAUCUUCCUCGUUCGCGUGUGUUCAAAGGUAGUUGAAAAUCGAUACUCGUAGCAUUCUCCUUCUCGUCAUGUAGAGCGAAACACCGUCCGGCUGAGCGACCACUACCAGAGAUAGGAACAUUAAACAGUUGCGGGCCCCAGCAACUCGUUUCUAGGGAUAAUGGUCUCAGGAGCAGCUAACCGAAUAUAAGCCGACGCCUCACCCAAGCCGACUUUUUGGCCAGUCACAUUCCCCCCUCGGUGUCGGAUUUGCUUUUUCUCUUUCGGUCUUUUGUAGCGGCGUCGAGAGGAAAUCUUGUGAACUCUGAAGAUCGUUCUUUUAAACCGGGGGGAAGAAGAUACUCUACGGUUGAUUCACUUCUCAGCGAAGGGCAUGCAUGCGCGUGAAGGCUGUCUUCGUGGAUUUGUGGGGAUUCCAGUCUCGAUGUUCGACGUCAGCAGGUGCGUCUCGUGGUGCAACUCUGAAGGCCUGACAGGGCUAGCGGCUAGGGACUGAUCGAUCGCUCCUGG